GAGCGGGCUCCCGGCGGACGCGCGGGGAGGCCGUCGGCUGGGGACGCGCCCGGCGCUUCAAAAUAAUGCCCGCGGCGGCCGCGCGACCAUGCAAUGGCGAGCGCUCGUCCUGGGGCUGGUGCUGCUGCGCCUCGGCCUCCACGCAGUGCUCUGGUUGGUCUUCGGGCUGGGGCCCAGCAUGGGCUUCUACCAGCGGUUUCCGCUCAGUUUCGGCUUCCAGCGCUUGAGGGACCCCGACGGCUCGGGGCCAGUUGGUCCUCCGGGAGGCCCGUCCUGGCUUCAUCGGCCAAGGCGCGGGACAGAGGGGCGGCUCGAGACCCCGCCGGGACCAGGGCCGGGACCGGGCGUGUGCGGCCCGGCGCACUGGGGCUAUGCUUUGGGCGGCGGUGGCUGCGGCCUGGACGAGUACGAGCGGCGCUACAGCGGCGCCUUCCCGCCGCAGCUGCGUGCCCAGAUGCGCGACCUGGCGCGGGGCAUGUUCGUCUUCGGCUAUGACAACUACAUGGCGCACGCCUUUCCGCAGGACGAGCUCAACCCCAUCUACUGCCGCGGCCGGGGGCCUGACCUCGGAGACCCUUCAAAUCUGAACAUCAACGAUGUACUAGGAAAUUACUCUCUGACCCUGGUUGAUGCCUUGGAUACACUCGCAAUAAUGGGAAAUUCAUCCGAGUUCCAGAAAGCAGUCAAGUUAGUGAUCAACACCGUUUCAUUUGACAAAGAUUCCACCGUCCAAGUCUUUGAGGCCACGAUAAGGGUUCUGGGAAGCCUCCUUUCUGCUCAUAGAAUAAUAACUGACUCCAAACAGCCCUUUGGUGACAUGACAAUUGAGGAUUAUGAUAACGAAUUGUUGUACAUGGCCCAUGACCUGGCUGUGCGGCUUCUUCCAGCUUUUGAAAACACCAAGACAGGGAUCCCCUAUCCUCGGGUGAAUCUGAAGACGGGUGUCCCUCCUGACAGCAAUAAUGAGACCUGCACAGCAGGGGCUGGUUCUCUCCUGGUGGAAUUUGGGAUUCUGAGCCGACUGCUGGGGGAUUCCACUUUUGAGUGGGUUGCCAGACGAGCUGUGAAAGCCCUCUGGAACCUUCGGAGCAACGAUACAGGAUUAUUAGGCAAUGUUGUGAACAUCCAGACAGGCCAUUGGGUUGGAAAGCAGAGUGGCUUGGGUGCUGGGCUGGAUUCCUUCUAUGAAUACCUCUUGAAAUCUUACAUUCUUUUUGGAGAAAAAGAAGAUCUAGAGAUGUUUAAUGCAGCUUAUCAGAGCAUCCAGAGCUACCUGCGAAGAGGCCGGGAAGCCUGCAAUGAAGGAGAAGGAGACCCACCGCUCUACGUCAACGUGAACAUGUUCAGUGGGCAGCUCAUGAACACCUGGAUUGACUCUCUGCAGGCUUUCUUCCCGGGGCUGCAGGUUCUGAUAGGGGAUGUGGAAGACGCCAUCUGCCUACACGCCUUCUACUACGCCAUAUGGAAACGCUAUGGGGCCCUCCCUGAGCGCUAUAACUGGCAACUGCAGGCCCCUGAUGUUCUCUUCUACCCCCUGAGACCAGAGUUAGUGGAGUCCACAUAUCUCCUCUACCAGGCGACCAAGAAUCCCUUCUACCUCCAUGUAGGAAUGGACAUUCUGCAGAGUCUCGAAAAAUACACAAAAGUCAAAUGUGGAUAUGCCACGCUGCACCAUGUCAUAGACAAGUCUAAAGAAGACCGGAUGGAGAGCUUCUUCCUCAGCGAGACUUGCAAAUACUUGUAUCUGCUGUUUGAUGAAGAGAAUCCAGUACACAAAUCUGGAACCAGAUACAUGUUUACAACUGAGGGCCAUAUCAUAUCUGUGGACAAACGUCUUCGGGAAUUGCCUUGGAAGGAAUUCUUCUCUGAAGAUGGGGAGCGGGACCAAGAGGAAAAGUUUGUGCACAGGCCUAAGUCUCAGGAGCUUAGAGUCAUUAACUCCAGUUCUAAUUGCAAUCGUGUUCCUGAUGAGAGGAGAUACUCCCUGCCCUUAAAGAGCAUCUACAUGCGCCAGAUCGACCAGAUGGUUGGCUUGAUUUGACCUGCUCACCUCGAUGUGGCCAGACCUUAAACCAAACCCAAGCAUACCAAAAUCUCCUCUGAGGUGGAAGCGGUGGAGUCUGUCCAUCUGUGAUGCUCUAGAAGUUUCUGUCCAGCUCUUACUCACCUCUGGUUGAAUCUUGCACUUAGUGCUUUCCUUCUGUUUAAUAAAAUACUCUUAUUUUUUUUUUUUCUGAAGGAUAAAAUUAGAAAUGGGAAGCUCCGUGGCGAGCUUCUUGUGAUAUACUGAUGUUGUUAAGCACAAUGGAUAUAGCCUCUCUGGAUUAUUCUUCCCAACUUCAUGACUAGAAGCCCCUACGUGCUGAAGUAUCGCUACCUCUUUGCUAGAGGAUCAGGAAUGCAAUUCCUGUGUAAAGAUUCUGAGGGUCACUUGGCAUCAUACUUACUGCAAUCGAAGUGUCAUCCUUUGUCUCUUACGGGAUCAUUGGGCUGUCCCCGAGAUAGCCAGCUGUGGUCUUUGGAUCACAUGAGGGAAAUUCACUGCAUCCUAAAGUAAUUUAUUCAGUGUUACUUGUUUUAGUGUAAUGGUCUAGCCAAAAAAUCUACAGGCAGCCUUUAAAGUUAAGUUGAAAUCUAAGAGAUAACUAACAGAUCUUUUAUACUGUAUUUAGCAUUUAUUUUGAACAUCACCUUACCUGAAGAACUUCCAUGGUUCCAGAACCAGGUGCCUUCUAGGGAGAGGAAAGCCCUAGGGUUGUGAGCUUCCGUCCCUCGUGCUUCAUAGCCAAGGAUGCACAAUGCUGACCGUCUUUGGCUUAGACUUCUGGGUUGUUUUUUUUUUUUUCUUGGCUUAUGUGUAGUGCCAAUUAGCUAAUCAGGGACAAAGAAAUGAUCAGAUGACUUUCUGACAUCCUUGAGCCAUUUCUCUGUGUGAUAUGGACUUUAGAUUAGUGCCUUAUGGGUUUUGUUUGGGCCAUGGGCUGUCACAACCACUGCUACAGAUAGCCCAUUUUGUAUUGUCAUAUGAUGGGACCAAUAAGGAGCAGGGUGUGUGUGAGGACGAUUCCUGGAAACCAGUUUGUCAGUCUUUGCCUUUAACCUAUGAUUUUUAGCCAGGCAUAAAGGAGGAAAUUACGAGGAAGAGCUUUUGUUGUUUCCUGGUGAAAUGAGAAGCCCUGCGAAUGGGAAGUUUGCUCAAACUGUUCCUAAAAAGCAGAGCUGGGCCUGCCCCUGGCUUGGCCUCCUUUCACUGGGACAGGUCAAGGCAUCCUAGGCAAAGGGUAGGAAGUUUAUGAGAAAGCUGGUCUAACCUCACAUAUCUUAUGUCUUCCCUCCACACUAUUAAUAGACACUUAAAAUUAUUUCAUUCCAGUCUCCUAUAGCCAGGGAAAAAAGCCUCAUCUGAAUCAUUGGAUUUUUAGUUAAAAGGGAGAAAUUAUAGUCUUUCUUCAAUAUGUGGUACUGUUUUGAAAAUAAAUAUAAUUCAGUUCCUUGGCAAGUUUAGAAAUGGGGUUUCAGAAGUGACUGUCAUCUUUUAAAUACUUACUAUGCAAUUGGUUUUAUUUAUUUAAGAAUAUUGAAUGUUUUUCUUUUGAUCUCACAAGCAUUGUUCUAUGUCUUCAAUGUCUCAUCUACUGUAUACAAAGCUUUCUUUGAGCAGAUUAUCUGUUUUACAUAUUUCUCUAACUCAGUAAAAGUAUUAAACAUAUGCAUGCACAGGCCUGUGUGUGCACACCCCUUUUUACCUUUGCUCCAGGCACGUUUACGUGUGACUGUGAAUGACCCGCUAGGGACAGUGAAGACAUCAGGGAAGGAAGCGCCCCUCAGGCUUCUCUUUUUCAUCUUCCCCACAUCCGUCUGGUUGUUUGGCAAUGGCAGUGUAUGUCAGCACCCAACAGUUCUCUCUCAUCUGGGUUCUUGUUCCGUUGCUCUUGAGCCAGCUUGGGUUACUUCUUCCUGUGCUCUUGCAGUCGUGAUCUGUGUCUGGAGGUACCAUGGUGCCGUGAGUGCUGCCAGUGGGUCUCGGGUACAGGCAGAUGUGCCAUGUAUUUUUACUAAGUCGUAAACCCUCUUGACAUUUGGGUACUAUGUUUCAUCUGUUAACAAGGCUGAGGGUAAGGAAGAUAAUGCCUAUAAAUUUUAUUAUUGAGCUUCUAGACUGCUCAGACCAAAGUCAAUGAUUUGUGGGGCUGGAUGAAGAACACUGUCUACUGCCAGUCAUAUAAAGAACAUUAUUUGAGUCAAGUUCGAAGCCUACUUGCUUGCUUCCUGAAUGCCAGCAGCUGCGAUGUAUAUAUUACAGUAUGUUUGCUAUUCCUUCCAAUCUGUGCUGAAAUACGGGAAAAAAUUUUUCUAACUCACUGCUUUGUUCCAGAAAUGGCUGGAAUGUGAACAGAUAGCUGCAUGGAUGUUUGUGACCAUGCUUGUGCUCCCAGGAGUAGCCAGCAUCUAGUGUCCAGUUUGGCCAGCAUAUGCAAAGUUGCAGACUACGUGGCAGGCUGGCUGUCGUAUGGUUAGUUGUGGUAGAGCCCGUUCUACAACCAACAGGCUUGCCUUAGCUGCUCUAAAUACUGUGACAGAGCAACUCCAUUCUCCUGGAAGAGGCGACAGAGGAAUGUUUGCCUUUCUGAUAGCUUUGGUUGCUGUGGAAAACAGGCUUGUUUUCCAAACCUCCCUAGAGUUCUCCCUGCUCUUUUCUCGGAGCUUGCUUUUGGUAAGUGGGUCUCUAGUUCUGACGUCUGGGCUUCUCUUGUCUUGGACUGUGGACUCUGCACAUGGCAUUCAGAUGGUUUUCUGUGUGUCGAAAUAAAAGCAUGUGAGGGUAGUUCCUGCCCGGAGGACUCUCUCGGAGUCCAUGCUUUCCUGGUUUGAAUGUACGCAGUUGUCUCUCAAGAAAAGUGACCCUCUCACCCAUCUCCCCACCAGCUCAGUGAAUGAGUGCCCGCUGCGGUUCUUCACUUUGGAUCUUGUAGACUCUACAUUAGACAUCGCUUUUCUUCAGGGCUCUGAGGUCGUGUUCUCUUGACAUGGACAAAAAUAGUGCUGGUCAGAGGGUAGGGCGGCUGGGUCACCUCAGGCCCAGAGUGGCCAAGCAGGGACUUGAGAAGAAGGUGCUGCUCUUUGCUUUUCUGUCCAAGCUGUCCAGCACCUGAUCUAGUGCCUCUUCCCUGCAGGGCAGGGACCCCUAGUGAAUUGGAGCCAAUGAUGGGUGUGGGCCUUGUGGCUGUGACUCAGUGGGGCUCAGGUUAAGGUCCCCCUUGAAUUUGGAUGCGAAUAACCAACAGAUAUCAAGUACCUGUGAAACUGCUUCACUGCUUCUCUCUCUCUGAGAGGGAAACAAAUAAUAUUUUUCAGGAUAUUUUGUUUUAGUGUUAAGUAGCAUCCCACAAGCUGCGUUUUUAUUUAUUACACGCACAAAAAGUAAAUGUGUUUCUACAAAAUAAAAAGUCUAGAGUUGGACACUCUGGGCAAACUUACUGAGAUGCACAAAUGUUUCUCUCUCUCUCUGUGAUGUGCAAUAUGCUUGGCGACCAUAGAUAUUUCAUGUUUAAUCUGUAAAUAUGAACUGUAUUUAAAUUAAAUGAGAGAUUUUUGUAAAAGGACCAGACGUUCUUUUAUAAAUGUACUAAGGAAUAUCUUGUUCUUUGAAAUUUAUUAGGAUUUUUAUGGAUAAUUUUUAUUAAAAGAUUCUCUUUUUGAGUUGUCA